ACCACUGCAUAAUUUCCAAUAGUGUGACCGAAGAAAAAGCUGAUAAUUCAAGAAUUAAUUCGAACGAAUACGACAAGCUUUUCCAAUCUACAGAAUAAGAAUGGCGAGCAAAAUGAUAGACGAUUCAUUGGACCUGACCGAAUAUGAAGCGAGCGUCAAGAUGCCGAUAUGUGCAAUAUGCUUACUACUGAUACUGGACGAUGAAUACUCAAAAGGCAUAGCAGUCCUUGAUCGGUGUCGACACAUUGCACAUCAACGAUGCGUUAACCUGAUGACCUGCGUAAUCAUCAGCUGCGAGGAAAAAGAAAAUCCAGGAAGAUGCCAGAUCCCUAAAUGCAAAGAAAUCUUCGAAGUGGAAAAAACUCGUGCAAUUAGGAUAGCAACCGACGAUAUGGCAAGUGUCAUUGCUCGAUAUGUAAAUUACAAUCGUAACCUGAAACUCCAACUUAAUGAAUUAGAACAAACAGUCGAGGACCUACAACAGACGAUUAACACCCAAAGCAAUGAUUUAGACCAGAGAGAUUUUCGGAUACGAAACAUGGAAGAAGAUUUAGAAGGAUUUAGAAAGCUUUUGUUCGACAAGGAAAUGAAACGCGUUUACGAAGAAAUGAAAAAAGAAGACGGAGUCAAGCUAGGAGAUGAGUUGAAAUUCGAAGAAGAUCAAUUCGGACACAAUCCUCACCUACGAGACGUGAUGAAAACCGAAAUUAUGACUAUAACGUUGGAAAACCCUCAACCAUCAGCGUCAGGAUUAAAUAACGUAACGCAAUCAACUUCGGAACGCUUGCAUCAGCCCAUGUUGAACCCAAAUAACGUAAUAACAAUUGAAAACGACACCGAACCCAUCUAUAUCGAACCAUAUCAACAUUGGAAAAACUUAAAGGACAACAACAAUUUUUAUUACGUAACGUUCAAAGAUCCGAUUGAAAUAAGACCGAUGGUGAUGCACAACAGAAAAACCUACGACAUACCGAUCGAAUACAACAUCAACGAAUUACGAAGAGAAUACUUCAAGAAAGGAUUUUAUUUCAACAGUGACGUAACAACACGAUAUUCUGAGCGAUUUACCGACAAAAUUCAAACCGACUUUAUCACCCAAUAUACUUACAAACACCCUCGCGGAUAUAACGUUAAAUGCUAUUUCAUGGGAAACUAUAUGAUGGUCGGCGACGGGGCACUCUGCGCCAUGGCCUGGGAAGGCCUAUACGAAAACAAGCCUCUACGGACAACUAUGAUGAAUUCAUUACUACUGACAGGCACCCUAUCCCCGAAGAAACUAAAAAACCAUCUUAUACAUGCUAUUAGACAAUUGCCUCCCAUGUUAGCAGUAUCCAUCGGAAACCACGACGUCAGAAAAGAAAUCUAUCGUAACGUAAUAAAAAACACGAAGCAACUAUUACACCUAAUGAUCAGCAAAGGUGCCAAGAGGAUUCUACUGAUACCCAUGAUCUAUUCCUAUGCAGCCAUGGAGAAAUAUGCGCUAAAAGCAGAGCAGUUUAAUAAAUGGUUAAAAGAAGAGGCGGUGAAAAUAAAAGGCGCAGAUCUUAUUUAUAUGGAGCAGUUCGAAGAAUUAUACCAGAAGCACCCGAUUCCAUAUUUUAUAGAUCGUCAAGAAAAUAUCUUUCCAACAUAUACGGCGAACUACGAAAUGGUUUCUUUGAUAGCAACAGAUAUACACGAUGAAAGCGAAUUAUUCCUGACUCAAGUACCCGAACAACCUGAUACGAUAACAGAAGAAAGAUACAGAGAAUACGAAGAACGCAUCGGUAUUGAGACAUUACGUAAUGCAUAAUUAACGUAAUAAAGUAUAUCCAAAACGGGAAUAUAUCGUGUAAACCUAUAUGAGAAUGUGUAUAUGCUAUAAGACUAACGUAACAACUAAGCAAUUCCAGCAGUCGUGGAAUAAACUAUGCGAUUUAUAUUUAUAGGAUAUCCUGCAUGUAUACUAUUAAUAUAGUAAUUAUUAAGAUAACGUAACGCAUCUAAUAAUUCCAGCAGUCGUGGAAAUUUCAAUGAUGUUCCUUACUAAUGUCCUAAGUAUUCGUCGCAGGUUUCUUUAUGUUUUUACUCGUUACUUAUUUUAUAGGAAAUAAAAUAAAAUUUAUCAUCGUGAGAGCAAAUUUCAUUUAUUUAAAGAGCAAUCUCAUUCGUUAGCACAACUCUAACAACACACAGCAAAAUCGUACAAAGUGUUCGAACAAAAUAAAAAAACCAAACAUGAAAUAACGUGAAAAAUAAAACCACAGUUAAAGAAGUUACAGUGAGACAUUGAGAUAACAAAUGGUAUUUUAUUUCGUACAAGUACAACAGCUUAGUAAAAUUCAAAAGUUUAAUGCUACCAAGAAGUUAUUACAAAUAACACAUCGAAAAUAAUCCACCAAGACAAUAGUUACACGUAAGUACAAAACAAUACAUCAAUAAAAUAUGUAUAAAGUACAUUGGAUUACAAUAUAGAACGUCCAACAGACUCUCAGACACGUGUAGCAGAUCGUCGUGCUUGGCCAAAGAAAAAUUUUCAUCUUACGUAAUCCGAAUUCGAUUAUUACCAAGCGUAUCCAGUUCCGUUCAAUCCUGGGCACCAGAUUUCAUCUUCGUAACGUAAUUCAUGGAAGAAAAGCCGUAUUCUGAACCAACUAGGAAGAAAAUGGAAGCAAUACGAGUAAACAUCAUUACUUGCUCAAGCUGCAACAAAUCACUUGGGCAAGGCCCAGACCAAGACCGGACAAAUGCGAAAUUAAAACUAACUUCGUGUAGACAUAUCUAUCACGAAAAAUGUCUAACCAAUCUGUAUAUGGCUUACGCACCCGGGACUGAAAAAUGCGUAUUCUCUAACUGCAAUACAUCGCUGAUUCUUGCAUCUGACGUCGAGAUACAAGCAAAUAACAUCCAAAUUACGACUGUAAAAGAUGAUUCAACGUCACCGGCAACUUUAGUAGAACAACUAUGGAAGUUACGCAAAGAGAACCAAGAGCUGAAAAUAGAAAAUAACGAUUAUAUGAACGAAGUCGCUAAAUUAAACUCCGACGUAGAACAUCUAAAUGAUCGAGUAAAAGCAUCAGUAGAAAAAAUCAUAUACCUGAAAAAAUGUGAACCAAUCGAUAACGUAACACCGGAACACAAGUAUGACAAUCCGAUCGAUGAAUUUAUACAACCUUUAAGCGAUGAAGAACAGAACCCGGCAGAAUCAACAUCUAACGAAAAAGAAAUCGAUGAAUCUCAAUUCGAACCGAAAUACGAAGACACAUCGGACGAGGAUACGAAUUGGAAACAUGAACAUCUACAAAAAGAAAAAACAGAUGAAUUCAAAAUCCCGCUGGUUAAAUCAACUAUUACGAAAACAGCAACAUUACCUGCUAAAUCUUCACCGAAGAAAUCACCACCGAAAAAACUAUCAUCGCCAACCAAAACCAGCAAAACUAUGAUUCAAAUACGCCGCAAGUCUCCUGAAAGAAAACCGAUUAAUACAAAAAAUCUAAAAGUAAUACUUAAGCCAUCAGGUUCACGAUAUGUACCAAGAACGCCUUUACGUAAUACUCACCGACGAAAUGCUAUCAAUCGAUAUAGAACGAAAUAUGAACAGAAUAAGUUCGAGUCCAUUAUAGAUAACAACCAAACUCGUAGCCCUCUCAAGCCAGGACAUUUUGGAGCGAUUCGUGACGUAAAAAAUUACCGAAAUCGACUAACAAUCCCAACCUAUGACAAAAAAGAACAAGUAGUUCAUUUACCGGUAACCAGAAAGAUUUUUCAAGAAGAAAUCAGAAGAAUGACACUAAAAACAUCCAUACCUGAUGAAUUCGGUUCGACGUGUAGAAAGUUUCGAUAUAACCUAUACACAACCGGAGCUACACUUACGUUACGAAAUAAAGGAACGGAGACUAUUUUCUUUUUGCAGCAGUACUGGAUGCUGGGCGAUGGCCUGGUACAUCAAAUGGUCCAUUUUGCGAUAGCCGGUGAUCAAGCUUAUACUGAAAAACUAGAAUAUAAUGAUUACGUAAAUGGUUUUAUAUCAACAACAGAUCUAAAUAGAUCAAUUUCAAAAAACGUAACAAAAUUACCUAAAAAGGUGCUGAUAUCGAUAGGUCAUAAAGAUCUUCAUGAAAACGCCAACGAAGAAAAAUUGAGAGACGAUUUUAAUGCGCUGAUCAAGACGUUGAGUACUUCAGGCGUAAAGAAAAUCUAUGUCAUACCACCUAUAAAACACACGGUACAUAGUGAUAAAACGAAGAAAUUUAGAAAUUGGCUAGAAGCUAUCAGCAUUUCGAAGAAAGAUACACAUAACACAAACUAUAUAAAACAGCUUGAAAGCAUACUAGAUCGAACGUUACCGGAAAAGAUAGUCGAUAAGUGUCCUUUUCUUGAUCACCGUAUCAUUCUGGAGGCUGUUCUGGGUUUACUACCUCUUCUUGCUGAGUAAACAUCUGUAAAUACGGAAUCACGUUACAAAGUAUCGAAAAUCUAGAACCUUAUCAACCUUACGUAAUUCAUACUUCCCGGAAUGAAACAGACAUUGCAACAUGAAAUCAAACUACAGCUCAUCACAUGGAACCUGAAACAAUAAAUAAAUUCAUGUUAGUCAUAGAAUAGAAUAACGUAAUAAUGUACGAAAUUUAUACAUACUGUAAUAGUCAAUAAUUUUCACCACUAAUGUAUGUACAUUAAGCACUUUUGAUUUGCCUUCGGUACUUUGAUUCAUACGAUGUAAUGUGACUUUUCUUUAUUUUGUACAGAUAUACUGUUUAGAUAUUAUUUCACUUUAUUUUACGUUUAUAAUCUUUAAUUUUCCCAGAAGUUGGAUACAUUUUUUUUAUCUUCUUCUACAUUUUUUUUUAUUAUUACUGCUUUUUACUGUAUCACAGUUGAUAAGAAGAUGUUUAUUCUAUUAUUUUGUUUAUUUUAAUUAUUUCAAUAGCAACAUGUAAACACCCGGGGCAAAGGAUAGGGCACAUAGGACAUUCUCCCUUUUUAGUUGUUAGAGUGGUUACAUAUUCCUAUAAGUAAUCACUCGGGGCAAUGUAAAGGGAGGAAUUGCGCCAUUUUCCGUCGCUUAGGUGAGGGAAAAUUGUUCUCCUUCUACCUUUCGCUCAAUUCUCUUACGUAACCACGCUAUCUAGCUGUUUAGUUCGCGUUAGUGAAGUGUUUCACGUUAUCCGAUCACAACUUCAGUCAAUCACGGACUCACUAAGCGAGAGCUUAGUUUCCAUUCGAUAGAUAGGUUGAGGUGCGGAGCCCUAUCAGUACGUUCGACGUAUGGAGCACGUACUUUCCACCUUAUAAUUACUGGGAUAUGGAAUAUCUUUUACGUAAUGGACUAUCGGAUCGGAUCGUGGUUACUCAAGAGAUGAACUGCAGCAUCUCUAAAUUCUCUUUUAGAGUCAUUCAUACUGGACCUGCCCUAUCCGGCAUGAAUGCCCUUGUCCCUGGGUGGUGUUUUUAACACACAUUUGCGACUACAUGUACUCGCUUCCUUUAAAUCAAAUCGUAAUUCUAUUUACGUAAUAUAGUCAGACUAUUUACAUAUAAUGCUUAAUAACCAAUAAAGCUAAUGUAACGUUAUA